AUGGUUGGUGUAAAAGAGGACACUGAAAUUGCAGAUAUGAGAAGCCCUGCUUUGCUAUUGCAAGAGAACUUGCUCUCAUUUGAGCGUGUGAAAAGCGUCUGCUCAGCUGAUUUUUUCGAAAUUAUUAACGAAGAAGGCAAGACAGCAGAAGAGUUAUUCACUAAAGCAAAUGCUAAACUACGUUCAGAAGCGAAAGACUGGCUUAAACGCACUGCUGAGAACUGUACAAUAGUUGCUGUGCUCAUUGCAACAGUAACAUUUGCCGCAGCCUAUACUAUUCCAGGUGGUCCAAAUCAAAGCACGGGUUAUCCCGUCCUCUUGGCCCAACCGUUCUUUGUGAUUGUCACUAUUGGAGAUGUGCUUUCCAUUACCUUUGCUUUGACCUCACAAUGA